CAGGGAGGAAAAGAGAAUGCGCGAAUGCACAUGGAAGGGUCUUUGUCUGCACGGGACAAAGUUGGUGUACAGGACUUUGUUUUGUUGGAUUCCCACACCAGCGAAGCAGCGUUCAUGGACAAUCUACGCAAGAGAUUCCAGGAGAAUCUCAUUUAUACAUACAUAGGAACCAUGCUGGUGUCUGUGAAUCCAUACAAGGAGCUUGAGCUGUACACCCAGAGACAGAUGGAACUGUACCAAGGAGUAAAUUACAUUGAGCUCCCACCACACAUAUAUGCAGUUGCUGCUAACGCAUACAGGGUAAUGUGUACAGAGCGUAAUAACCACUUUAUUCUUAUCUCUGGUGAAAGUGGUUCUGGCAAGACAGAGACCUCUAAGAAAAUCCUCCAGUUCCUAGCCAUAACAUGUCCAAUCACUAAGAAACUUCAGACAUUCAGAGAUCGUCUCCUUCUCUCUAAUCCUGUACUAGAGGCUUUUGGAAAUGCCAAAACAAUUCACAAUGACAAUUCAAGUCGAUUUGGAAAAUACAUGGAUGUGCAGUUUGACUACAAGGGAGCCCCCUGUGGAGGACACAUCCUGAGCUACCUGAUAGAAAAGUCACGUGUGGUUCAUCAGAAUCCUGGGGAGAGGAACUUUCACAUUUUCUAUCAACUGCUAGAAGGAGGAGAAGAUCAUCUGAUCAAUUGGUUGGGCCUGGACCGUAAUCCACAGAAAUACAGUUACUUGAUCCAAGGCGAGUGUGCCAAAGUAAGCUCUAUCUGUGACAAAACCAACUGGAAGCUUGUCCGUAGGGCAUUCACCAUCCUUGAAUUCACAGAAGCAGAUAUUGAGCACCUGUUUGGAAUAGUAGCCAGUGUUCUACAUCUGGGGAAUAUAAAGUAUGAAGAAGACACCCAUGGUCAUGCAAUCAUUAAGAAUGGAUCUCAGCUUCAGUGGAUAUCUAAGUUGCUUGGUGUUCCCGUAUCUCUUUUGCAAGAAGCACUGACAAAUAAAAAGAUUGAAGCUAGGUCAGAAGAGGUUCUCAGUCCUUUGAAUUUGGAGCUGGCUUAUUAUGCUCGUGAUGCCCUCGCCAAAGCUAUUUAUGGAAGGUCUUUCAAUUGGCUGGUCAACAAAAUUAAUAGCUCUCUGUCCAACAAGGAGUCACCACAGCAACCAGUUAUUGGACUCCUUGACAUUUAUGGAUUUGAGAUUUUGGAGACAAACAGCUUUGAACAGUUUUGCAUUAAUUACUGCAAUGAGAAGUUACAGCAGCUCUUUAUUUCUAUGACACUAAAGGCAGAACAAGAGGAAUAUAAAAUAGAGGGUAUUGAGUGGGAACCUGUUCAGUACUUUGACAAUAAAAUUAUCUGUGACCUAAUUGAGGAGAAGUACAAAGGGAUCAUUGCCAUAAUGAAUGAAGAGUGCUUGGGACCUGGGGAAGCCACAGACUUGAGCUUCUUAGCAAAACUGGAAGAGAAGGUUGGCGAUCACCCCCAUUUGUUAACACGCAAACUUGCAGAUCCCAUAGCCAGAAAAACCAUAGACUGGUUAGAUUUCAGGCUUAUCCACUAUGCAGGAGAAGUUACAUAUUGUGCAGUUGGGUUUUUGGAAAAAAAUAAUGACUUGCUCUACAGAAAUUCGAAAGAGGUGAUUCUGAAAUCUAAAAACUAUAUCUUAAGGGAUUGUUUUCAUUCCUCUGAGUUGGACAACAGGAGGAGGCCAGAGACUGUAACAACACAGUUCAAGAACACCUUGUCCUCCCUGAUAGAAAUCAUUCUGCUGAAGGAACCAACAUACAUCAGGUGUAUUAAGCCAAAUAACAACAAACAACCCGGAAAGUUUGAAGAUAUGCUCAUUCGCCAUCAGGUCAAGUACCUGGGCCUGAUGGAGCAUUUACGGGUCAGAAGAGCCGGAUUUGCCUAUCGAAGGAAAUAUGAGAUAUUCUUAGAGAGGUACAAAGCACUGUGUCCACAAACUUGGCCUAACUGGGCAGGCCCAGCCCGAGAAGGAGUAGAGAAACUAGUGAAAUACCUUGGAUACCAACCUAACGAAUAUAAGUUGGGAAGAACAAAGCUGUUCAUACGUUUUCCACGUACACUAUUUGCCACUGUGGACUCAUUUGAAAUAAGGAGGAAUCAGCUGGUUUCAAAAAUCCAAGCCAAAUACAAAGGGUGUUUAGGAAAAAGAGCUUUUGAGAAGAAGAAAAAAGCAGCUAUUAAGCUAGAGUCAUGCUGGAGAGGGGUACUAUCUCGUAGAGAAGCAAAGAAGCGUGCGUGGGCUGUGCAGACCAUCAGAAGGUUCAUUGUUGGAUUUAUCAACCGGAAGAAUGCAGAUGUAGAUUCAAACAAAAACUUCUCAAGCAUGAUGUAUUACAACUAUCUUUGGAAACUGAGGGAACAUGUGCCCAAAAAUUUGCUGGAUAAAACAUGGCUGACCCCACCAGUAGCCAUGGAAAAGACAUCAGAACUUCUACACAAGGUAUGCAUGAGAAACUUAGUGAGGAAAUACUACAGGACAGUCACCCCUCAGAAAACACACCAGCUGCAGCAGAAAGUUGUGACCAGUCAAAUCUUCAAAGGGAAGAAGGAGGGUUACAAACAAACUCUCAGCCAGCCUUUUGAAGAGACGCGUUUGAAUGAACAAGAUAUUAACCCAAAAGUUCUUCAGCUCAUGAAUAAUGACAGGAUUAAGUAUGGAAUAGCAGCAGUGAAAUAUGACAGACGUGGAUUCAAAGCUCGCCCCCGCCAACUCCUACUGACCCAGUCAGCGGUGUAUGUGACUGAGGAAGCCAAGAUUAAGCAGAAAAUCGAGUAUUCUAUGCUGAAAGGAAUCUCGGUCAGUAACCUGAGUGAUGGAUUCCUAAUCAUCCAUGUGUCCCCAGAGGGCAACAAGCAGAAGGGAGAUGCCAUAUUACAGUGUGACUACAUCUUUGAAGCAGUAACCAAACUGUGCAUGCUGGCUUCAAAGCUAGAUGCAGUUACUGUAGUCCAGGGAAGCUUAACCUUCAACUUCCAACGCAAAGAAGGCGUCAUUGAUUUUACACAUGGGGCUGAAGCACAAGUGUACAAAGCCAAGAAUGGGCACUUAACAGUGGCCACACCAAGAAUGAAAUCCUAACCUGAAACAUCGGCUCUUCAUCAUUAUGGCAAAAGGGACUGGGAGAAAUUCCCACUCACUCAACGCACAACAAUAAUCUAUGAACGUGCGCAGAAUCAUCCCGUAUCAUGUACUUUACAUCAACUUUGGAGAAUUGCUGAUAUUAUUAACAUAACUCUGAUGUCCUUCAACUAUUUACUAUAGUUUAAGGAUAUUUUUUUUUUCACUUUGGGAAAUUAAAGCUAUCCCAUGGUUUGGCAUCUUGUUUUCAAUAAAGCAAUAUCAACAUCUGUUUUAUACUUAA